GUUACAAUUCAUCUUUACAAAUCCGCACGAGUCUCGACUAUUCUGACAGACUAAAAUCUUUGCAAACUCUGUGAGUUGAGAUGAUGUGUCACUGCGACGAUAAGGAAGCAAGACUACUCACUACUCAGGGAGACAGGCAUAAGGUUACUGGAUGAGCGAAAUGAUUGAAGAGCAUCCAACCGUUCUGUGCCACCGGAUAUUGAAAGCCCCGAGAUAUCUUUGAUUGAAUAUACCAUCUCAUUCCUUCCAGAAUAUCUUUAAUUGAUAGAGCGUCUCCUUCCUUCCAAGAUGCUAUCCUUGAGAAGAGCUUUCCGAGAGAGUGUGCUCAAAGGUGGCAAGCUCAACCUGCAGCAAUCAUGGAAUACACACAAAGCACUAUCCACUGCUGCUUCCUCAGUUCAAGAGCUCCCUCGGCACGAUUUGCCUCUGCGCGAGGACACUGAACGAUCAUUGAGCAAGUCUUCAAACAGAAGGGACGAACUCAAAAAUGCGAAACCCUUUUCCUCCUUUCUUACCGAUAAUUUCCAAAGACAGCACGAUUAUCUUCGAAUUUCGAUUACCGAAAAAUGCAAUCUGCGAUGUUUAUACUGCAUGCCAGAAGAGGGGGUUCCGCAAUCGCCACAGCCAGAUCUUCUUACAACACCAGAAAUCGUACUUCUAUCAUCUAUAUUUGUUUCCCAAGGGGUUUCGAAGAUCCGUCUUACUGGUGGUGAGCCGACUGUUCGUCGCGAUAUUUUGCCUCUUAUGCAACAGAUUGGAGCUUUGCGAUCUCAUGGUCUGCGGGAGCUCUGUCUUACCACAAAUGGAUUGAACCUUGCAAGAAAGCUGGAUAGCAUGGUGGAAGCCGGCCUAACAGGAGUCAACUUAAGUCUGGAUACUUUAGAUCCAUGGCAGUUUCAGAUUAUGACUCGAAGGAAGGGUUUUGAAGCUGUGAUGAAAAGUAUAGAUAGGAUACUACACAUGAACAAAUUGGGUGCUGGUAUAAAACUCAAGAUCAAUUGCGUUGUAAUGCGUGGGGUCAAUGAAAGAGAAAUUGUACCAUUCGUCGAAAUGGGCCGAGACAAAGACGUCGAAGUUAGAUUUAUCGAGUAUAUGCCAUUUGAUGGCAACAAGUGGAGCCAAGGCAAAAUGCUAAGCUACAAAGAAAUGCUUGAUAUUAUACGGCAAAAGUAUCCAACUCUUCGAAAAGUAGCAGAUCACAAAAAUGACACAAGUAAGACUUACGAGAUUCCUGGAUUUGUGGGAAAGAUGGGGUUUAUCACAAGCAUGACACACAAUUUCUGUGGUACUUGCAACAGAUUAAGAAUCACAAGUGAUGGCAACUUGAAGGUAUGCUUAUUUGGCAAUGCUGAAGUAUCCUUGAGGGAUAUCUUGAGAAAAUCAAAUGGCAACCAGCCAAUCGAUGAGCAAGCUUUCGAGGCAAUAAAGCAAAUAGAAAUGGACAGGAAGCAGGGUCUCGGAGAUGCCCAUAGCCCUCUAGGAAGUUCCUCUAACGAGAGAGAAUUGCUAGAAGUUAUUGGCAUGGCCGUGAGUCGAAAAAAGGAAAAGCACGCCGGCAUGGGCGAAUUGGAAAAUAUGAAAAACAGACCCAUGAUUUUGAUAGGUGGGUAGGUUUCAUUUUCCAUGGAGAUAUGUGCGAAUCAUACGAUGACAUGAAAUUAUUUGCAUUGGCGUCAAUUCAAUACCCUCAUGUAUUUAAUCAGUAUCUUAAAUUUUAUAUCGCUGCAAACAACAAAUACUACCGUGGUCCAAACGCACUCUUUCAAAAAAUGGGAAGUUGGCCAGCAAGUCGAUCCCACAAUGUCCCUCUACACCUUCUACCAUUUAUACCUUCUUCUAAUUAUGCACGUCUAUACUCCAGCAAAGCUACCCCUGCCCAAAUGAAUAAUAUUGGCAGUGAAAUGGGGAAGUCUUCAAUGAAUGAUACAUCAGAUUCGACCCCCUCGCAGGCACACAAACUUACUCAUCUUACACAAUCUGGCGAUGCCCACAUGGUUUCCAUCUCCUCCAAACAGCCAACUAAAAGAACUGCUGUUGCAGUCUGCAGUGUUCAUUUCUCCAACAAAGUAGCCAUUCCACUCAUCCGUGACAACCGAGCCAAGAAAGGCGAUGUGCUGGGAGUUGCCCGCGUCGCAGGAAUCAUGGCUGCUAAGAGAACCUCUGAUUUGAUACCUCUCUGUCAUCCAAUUGCAAUUACACAUGUGAACAUUGAUUUACAAAUCUCACACGAGGAUGCAUCGGACACAGCACCUUCAUCUCCCGCUCCAAGUACGUCAAUUCCAUGGUCUGGCACAGGACAAGGCGACGGAUACAAAUGGCCCUCAUCUACUGCAGAAUCAGUUCCCUGUAAGGCAUUUGGAAGCGUGGAGGUAACGGCCACUGUGUCAUGCGAUGGAAAAACUGGCGUGGAAAUGGAGGCACUUACAGCCGCUUCAAUCGCGGCAUUGACAAUUUACGAUAUGUGUAAGGCUGUUGAUAAGGGGAUGCGAGUUGAAGGGCUGAGAGUGGUGAGGAAAGAGGGAGGGAAGAGUGGCACAUGGGUCGAGGGCGUUCACAAUAGUGAGAAAUAGAGUAAAGGUGAGGCUGAGUUAACAUGAAAGGACAACUGAAGACAUUGGACUCAAUUAUCUUUCGGCAUUCAUCUCAAACAUGUCACGUCUCCAACAUCCUAUAUCGAUGAUUGGGUCUGACAAUGACAUGUAUCGCUAAGGUACGUGGAGUGUACAACUUGUUUUUAUUCUCUGUUAGAGAUCCAGAAUGCUCCAAAAUAUCGCAGUUCACGUGGAUAUGGAUUUUAAAGGAAGAGAGUAGGUUUAAUUGAACUAUUCCAUGACUCACGAACCA